UGGAUGCUCCUGUUUUCAGGGUCGCCACAGAAGACAAGUAUGGCAGUAAUGUCAACAUGGAACCCGAUUCGCCGACAGACGAAGAUAAGAAAGCGAAACAAGAUGAAGCAGACGAGGAUUUGAAGUUCAUAUUACGGAAAAGACCGAAGAUCUCCAUCGUUGCUAACUACAAGAUAAAUACAAAGGCGGCUCAUAAUCAUUUCCAGCGGUAUUCUGAUGUCAAGGUCAAAGAGGAGAGAAAGCCCUCAAUACAAGAGAUAGCCAGUCAGAAGGGAAUUGUACAGAGAGCAAACGGCUGGCGGGUCCAACACAUUGCCGGGCAAGUGGAUGAGCUGAUCUCUGCUGAACAAGAAGUGCUGAAAAAGAUGGGAGAACUCAGAGAGAAAAUCCCGAAGGUUAAACCUGGACAGAAAACAAAAUUCCAGGAUGAUUUAGUGAUGUUAAACGAACUUCUUCAGGGUAAUAUUCAAAGAUCACAGCUGGUUGUUGAGCAGCUUGGAGACUCAAGAAAAUCUAUGGUCAAAGUGCUGGAUCACAGGCAGCGCGUCAUGGAAAUAAUUCAAAAGCAGAUGAACAAACGAAAUCCCAAGAAGAAAAGCCAAUAAAAGUAGUCAUUUUAUAGCGAUAAACACCGCAGACAGUAUUUUUAUAUAAAAUGUGAAUUGCAAAACAGAGCACUUCAACAUCGUAUUAAUGGUGUAACAGUUCAACAUGGAGGAUCAUCGCACUAUUGCUCUUCAAAAUGGAGAAUGGAAAUGCUUAUUACUUUAAAGAAAAGAGAGACUUCUUUUACGGUUUAUCAAAUGAAUCGGCUGGUGUUGGAUUCCUCUUAACUUCCUUUAUACCUAGGUACUAGAAUAUUUAUUGGCUGUGAAAUGGAAAGUGUGAGCAACUUUGAAGUAAUUAUUUCGAUGGUCACGAAGCGAUUUUCCGAGGAAACCGUUGCGUGACACCGCAAAUAAAGGCUUAAGAUUUGAUUGCUUUGUUACGUAAGGAGAUCAGCGCGCCAAUAGAAUAAGCUUGGAGUAAACCCUGCGUGACAUCUUACUUCACUUUGACUCUGCUAAGCUCCCUUUCAACUACUUUGAGUAAACAACAGGUGCCUGCCUGGACUCAAUUCUUUCUCCCCUUGAGAGAGAUCUGGGACUGGGCCUCAAACAUUCCAUACUGAUGACGUAACUCUACAGAAAUCCCUUUCCUUUCUGAUUGGUCGUUACUUGCGCACGAGAAUUAAAGAACCAAUCAGAAACGCUGCAUGGGACUGUAAAAACACGUGAUCUGUCUGGUGUUCAGUUUUUUCGGUCUUGAACGAUCACGUGAUUUGAGACGUCAUUUGAACUUGGGCUAACUCCUAGAACAAAGUCUAACGUUUCUCCUGUCGGGGACAUUUCACUCAUUAUCUGCUAGCUUCGGUUGUAUGAGAUUUUUCCCACAGCUCAUCUUGCGACUCCAUGCACUCGUAACCCCCACCCCACCCUACCUGUGCCACUUUGUAUAUAGUAUCUAGUAUGUUUAGUUAUGAUAGCGGAUUGCGAUUGUAAGAAACAGAAAUGUAAGAUAUCAUUUAUACGUGAUUAAACAAAAGAUAAAAUGGACGUUUCAGUUGUUCUUUUAAAAGUGUAUCUUUAUUUAAAGAAUUAAGAUCUUUCCUGAAAUGGAACAAAAAUCGCAGACUACCCUCCUUGAACUGUCGAUAAGUUAAAGAGGACGCUGGUCUACUUUUUCUGGCAGAAAAAGAAAGAAGGGAACGAACUGCAUGAAUUGGACUAAUCGGAUUUGGUUGUCAUUGCCUGAUUUCAAGC